GCCUCGCUCCAUCCCUCUUCAUAUAAAGUAACAUUGCCUCCUCUCAAGAAAGUUGGAGUUGCUCGCAAAUAAACCAAUAACUCCCCCCACAAAAAAUAUAACACCAUAUUUUUACUCUUCUAUGCUCCUUUCUGGUCUGUAUCUUCACAAUUUCUUUAACUAGAUACGUGCCCAAUAAUUGCUCCACCAUUUGUCACAUACCUUGUUUGUCUCAAAAAUAUGGCUACCAAAGUGCAUGUGGGAAUGGAAACGGAAAUGAACGGAAAUGGCGUACCUGAAACGUUUAAGAACAACUGGAAGAAACGCCUUAUUGAAUUUUCCGGGAAAAUGAAGAGAUCUCCAAGUUGGUUGUGGCGAACCAUUUGGAAAGUCGGUCGAGAAGAUCCUAGAAGGAUGAUUCAUGCUUUCAAGGUUGGUUUGUCUUUGACGCUAGUCUCCCUCUUGUAUCUGAUGGAGCCAUUGUUCAAAGGGAUUGGAACAAAUGCCAUUUGGGCAGUCAUGACUGUGGUUGUCGUGCUGGAAUUCACCGCAGGUGCAACUUUAUGCAAAGGCUUGAACAGGGGAUUAGGGACUGUAUUGGCCGGAUCAUUAGCAUUUCUCAUCGAGUUCAUUGCAACAAAAUCCGGAAAGGUUUUUCGAGCUGUGUUCAUCGGAGCAGCGGUUUUUCUGAUAGGAACUACUGCCACAUACAUGAGAUUCUUUCCCUAUAUAAAGAAAAACUAUGACUAUGGUGUUGUGAUAUUCCUCUUGACAUUCAAUUUGAUCACUGUGUCAAGCUACCGAGUCGAAAACGUGUUAAAGAUCGCACAUGAUCGUUCCUAUACCAUUGUCAUCGGCUGUGGCAUUUGUCUUUUCAUGAGCCUUCUGGUAUUUCCAAUUUGGUCAGGUGAAGACCUCCAUAAUUCCACUGUUGGCAAGCUUGAAGGGCUAGCUAAAUCUAUAGAAGCAUGUGUUAAUGAGUACUUCAAUGAUUCUGAGCUAAAAGAAAACCAAGAAAAAUCAUCAGAGGAUCCCAUCUACAAAGGUUACAAGGCAGUUUUGGAUUCCAAAUCUACUGAUGAAACUCUGGCAUUAUAUGCAAGUUGGGAACCGAGGCAUUCAAGGCACUGUUACAGAUUUCCAUGGCAACAAUAUGUGAAAGUGGGAGCUGUUCUUCGCCAAUUUGGAUAUACAGUCGUUGCUUUGCAUGGGUGCUUGCUAACUGAAAUUCAGACCCCACGAUCUGUCCGUGCUCUCUUCAAAGACUCUUGUAUUCGACUAGCUGGAGAAGUAACCAAAGCAUUAAUGGAACUUGCAAACAGCAUCAGAAACCGUCGCCAUUGCUCCCCUGGAAUACUCUCUGAUCAUCUUCACGAAGCCUUACAAGACCUUAAUACUGCCAUAAAAUCCCAACCAAGGCUCUUCUUAGGAUCCAACAAUAACCAGGCCAACAACAUGCUAGCAUUAGCAGCUGCACAUGCUGCUCGUCAUAAUAAGCCAGAGAAGGACGGACAUGGAGUUUCAUUAUCAAGUGUAAAAACAGACUCGUCCGCAUUGAUGGAAUGGAAAACAAAAAGGGCUAGUGAACAAGCUAAAGAGAAUGAAAGGAAGGUAUUGAGACCGCAGUUGAGCAAAAUCGCAAUAACUAGCCUGGAGUUCUCGGAAGCACUCCCUUUUGCUGCUUUUGCGUCAUUGCUAGUGGAGAUUGUGGCAAGGCUUGAUAAUGUGAUUGAAGAAGUUGAAGAAUUGGGGAGGAUAGCUUGCUACAAGGAAUACAAUCCUGAGGAGGAUGAAAUCAUUGUGAAAUGUGAAAAACCACCGGUGGAUGUUGCUAAGAAUCAGCUGCCAACCCAUGCAUCAGAUUAAGAGGGAGACAGGCCUUUUAGAAGUUCAGUUUCUUGAGAAUAUGGCUGGUUUAUUUUGUCUUUUAGAGAGAAAAAAGAUCAUUACUGUGUUUUUUAGAUUGAUUUUUGUUUACAAUUUUAGAUGAUAUGAUGCAAGUUAUAGCCAUUGAUCUUUAUGGGUGUGAAUUUUUACUAGGUUGGCUCCAAUAAGGCAUGUAGCUUCAUAUUUCUCCACCAAAACAA